AUGGCAUUUAUGGCCCAAGUUCGCCUCUGGAGCCGGGUUGAUGCUCUCAGACGGCCUCCCCAAACCAUGUCCUGGGUCUAUGGUGAUGCGGCUACAAGUACAGGUUCUAGCGCUGCCACAUCUGCAUCAGAAUUACCAGCCAGGCGAGACCGAACGCGCCUGUCUGCGAAAGCGCGACCCUUCAGAAGCUCAAGCAGUUUGGCGUCUGGCGAUGAUUGGGAACUUGGGUCCUGGCAGCCGUACAAUCCCGAGCUACAGGACAUGGUCUACUUAAACGUCGGCAUGCCAUCAACGUAUGGGCCAGCUGCAGCUUCGUCUCAGGACGUGCCUUCCCAGGGGCCCAUGCAGAUGUUUUACUCGGCGUUUUUCAGCACAAGCUCUCCAAGUGUCCAGGGCCUUCGGGAGAGGCUGCCCUCCACUCCGGGAUCGUUGCAGGAGGGGCCGGCAAGUGCUGACAUGCGGCAGUACCAAAGCCCAUGUUUGAAACGUGGUUUGUCCCUGGAUGCUAACCUCCCGAAUAGCGAUGAGGUUCCUCGCCCACACUCCAGCUCUGAACUUGUUGUGCCAGUGAAGCGGACCUUUAUUCACUAUGACGCGGAGCACCUCCAGGACUCCCCACGCAGCGAUGGGAUGCGGCGGUGCCAGUCCGCCCCGGCGCGGCUGCUCUCACGACAGUUGGGGCGCGUUACGGAGGCUCACAAAGCUGGCACAUGCAAACCUUGUGCCUACUUCUUCGCGAAAGCCGAUGGAUGUAGAUGGCACAACUCCUGUGAAUUCUGCCAUUUGUGCCCUCCAGGGGAGAUCAAGAAACGCAAAAAACAAAAGAAAGCAUUCCUAAGAGCGGAAGCAAGCAAAAGCCAAGAAGACUGA